UCAAAAGUUUUGUACAAUUUUUUUCACACACAGACCUCUAAAACAUAGACAUCAAAGAAUUUUCAAAUUUUUUAAUAGAAAAACUCCAGUGAAAAACGUGAAAAACUAAUGAAAAUUUCCGUCAACAUGUUUGCUUUGCGAAGCAUAUGAAAUUUCGUAUAAAAAUCAGUGAAUUUCCAAUGAAAAUCCACAUUUUCUAAUAGACGACGGAUCAAAGAAAACAAGCAAUUAUGGGAAAAAAUCUAUAAUCUGGAAGGUGUAACACAAAAAAACGACGAAAUACGGUAAUAAAAUACACGAAAAUAUGCCAGAAUAAUAAAAGAAAAUUAUAAAUAUCAUUAAAGAAAAUGUGCCACAGCCAGUGAGAAGUUGAAUGAUCUUUAUUGCCGUGAAAGCUAUUUUCCAAAGAAAGCAAGAAAAACCCCCCAAACAAUAAUCAUGGCUAAAUUUAUGUGAAAACUGGAAAGAAAACAACCCCACCCAAACACCAAACAAUUGGUUGUAGUUUGGUUCUGCAGAAGAAAUUUGUUUGGAAGUGCAAGUGUUUGAGACAGAAACAAAAAUAGGAACUCAAAAACUUUGGAGACGAAAUGCCUAUACCGAACAGCACAUCGGCCCAACAGCUGCGUCCAUUAACACUGGCCGGGCCAGAGCGUGAACCUGUGCAAUUUACCGUCAACCUGGUGGGGGCACCGGCUGAAGUUGAACAAUUGGUACAGCAGAUCAAAACGGUUGCAGAACAAUUUCUCUAUCACUGGAAGACAUUUCCAAUAGUUCUACCCCAACCCCUAUCGGCCGCUGCCUUAACCUUGGGCGGUGGCGCUUCAGCUGGCAAUAAUGGCUCCAACACUGUCGGCAAUCGCAAGCCUCGACCCAUCAAUUUACGUGAUUUGUUUAUAGCACCACCAUUCGAUGAGUUGGAUGCCGUGGCCACGGAUGGUACCGGAGAGCCUCGACGCCUCACCAAUUCCCAGCUGAAGUCAUUGCGUGAAAAUGGCUUACAAAAGGACAAAUAUGGAAAACCCAAGAAAUUAACUUUGGAACAAUUGGAAACCAUACGUAAAAAUGGAGAAUUUAAUGUGCCUAGUCUACACUUUCCGGGUCAGGUCCACAAGUGGCGUUUGUCACAACUGCUGCAAAAGGGAACAUUGCGGGCCCAUGAUUCCUUUCUAAGCGAUUUGGCUUUGGCAGCUAGAUUUUUGGUGAUCACCGCUCGUGGCCGUAUAUUCUCACAUUUCUUCUCCGUUUGUCAUGCAAUCCAUGCCCUGCUGCAUGGCCUCAUCAAAUUGGUUGAUAUGUUUAUUGGAGUGCCGGCAUUGCUGGCCCACAAUUUGGACUACAAGAUCAAGGAGGAACGAUGUCGUUUUUUAAUAGCCGAGCUGGUGUGUAGGCCCGAAUUCGAGGACUGCCUCGAUGGCCUGUGCUCCUAUGUCCGCAAAAUGCUGCGCCGCGCCACAAUGGAGAAAUUCGAUUUUAACAGCUGUGAAAGUACACAGCCCGUGCCAUAUCUAUUCCUCACGCCAAAAGGUCAAGAAAUCGAUUUGCGUCUCUUUUGUCGCGAUAUCAUGCGCAAGGCAUUGCCCAUUUUGAUUGGCAUAUUGGAACGUGAAACCCGUGGUUGGUUUCUACAUUUCCGUGAACGUUUGAUAGGCGAACUAAGAGAUAAAAAAUUGACCGACAAGGAAAUUGAGGAGGAGGUUAACGAGGCUGUUAUGAAGGAGUAUUUGCAGAGGGUCUACACCUCGAUUAUGAAUAAUCCCAAACUGGCCGAAUUGGGUCAUGGCAUACCCGAGCUGUUGGUGCAACAGGCUCAGGCAGUGGUCAUUAUGUACAAGGCCGUGGAAAAGGUACAGAAUGACAUUAAACGAUCACGUGAGGACCAUGAGAAAUGUUUGGCCAAUGACCAUGCUGUGCUGUCGCGAGUGGCUCCAUGGUUAAGGGCCAAAUUAAGGCAUGCCGAGGAGUCAAAACUCUCCAAGUCUGCCUGGUCGGCCCAUGAGGAGGCCUUGAAGAUGUGUACGAAACAAAAUCUGCAUCAAACGGCCUACUUCCUCAGCCGUGACCUGGCCUUUAUGAAGGAACGCGAACCGGUUCUCCUAAAGGAGUUGAAAAAUGCCAAAACUCCCACACGCAGUUUCCAGUGGGCCUGUCGCAUUUGGUCUCCCAAGUCGUGGAUAAUCAAACGGAAUUUUCAAGGACAAUCGGAUAUUAUACCCACGGUAAUAAGUCAACAGGCCACCUCAAUUGUUACACCACGUUCGGAUCCCUCGCAACCGGUAUUUUUGGUGGAAAAGGAAAUCAUUCGGACCACAAGUACUCGCUGGCCAUUUUGGCGUCUACUGAAUCUCAUGCAACGAACCUGGUGUUGGACCUGGAAUAUGAUGUUUCUGUUGGGCAUUCUGGUGCCCUGGUGUAGCCCCCUGAGUCUGAGAGCCCUAUUCUGUGUUAAGCCUUUCAUGCCUGAUUUAGAACUAUCGCAAAUUAAUGGAACUCUAUUUCCGCGCAAGACAAGCAUAACACAGACUAUGGCAUCGAGGUUGAUAGAACUAUGGCGUCACAUAUCAAAAUCGCGGACACAUUUCGAAACGGAACCGGAUACGGGUUUUAUUGGCAAAGGCUUUACGCGUAACCUAAACCGUGUUUGGAACUACUUUGUAAAGGGUUUUCUUGGGACGGUGGUCAUACUGUUUGCCUUUCCGCUGCUCUGUUUGGCUACCAGCCUUUUGAGCAUUCUACUUGCCUUAACUGCCCCCUUUUGGAUACCAGUCUUCACCAUACUCCUACACAUCUAUAUGAUAUUAAUCUAUGAUCUCGAUUCGCCGGAUAAUACUCGUAACCGUUACUGUAUACUGCUGGAGGCAUUGAUAUGGAAUAUUCUAAUACAGGGCUGUGUGCAGCCCAUUGUGGCUGUGUUUGUGGCCAGUGUUGUGUGUCCCCUGGUGUCGGGUAUAAUACUGAUAGUUGGGGUCAUACGUUACUCUCUGCGCCUGUUCUGGGACUCGCUCACCUUCCAUUUGUUCAUUAAGAAAUGUGGCCGUAUACCAGCCUCCGAUAGUUUGGUUGUCAAACGUAUUGCCGGACCGGGUUUAGCUUUAGAUUAUUAUUUUGUUAUACGCCCGGAACAGGCCUUGGCUGCCUUUGAAGCCAAAAUGGAAUUGGAUGAAUUGCAAGCCUAUCAACAUGCCAUGGAACGUAUAAUACUUACCCCGCAAAAAGAUUUUUCACAAUUUGUCGAAGCAUGCUUUGGCCCAUUUUCGGCUCAGCUGUCAAAAUCCGGACCCUAUUUGGCACUGGAUCGUGAGGCCCAAGAUUUGACUGCAACACUGCAUGAAAAGUUGGAGAAACGACGCCGUGAGCUACAGACAAAUUUAACGUCUCAGGUGAAAUCGCGCAUUAAAUUAACCACAAAGGAAUUAAAGAUUGCCAUACAACUUGCCGCCCAUAUCUUGGAGAAAUACUAUCCGUCUCAUAUUAUAGCUAGAUUAUCCAUAAGUGAAGAAGAAUUUUGGGAUAAUAAGGGCUUAACCGUCAACGAUUGGCCCGGUUUAGCCGGUCUCAUCUAUACGGAAAUAUUUAGUUUAGAUUUUCUAACGCCACUCUUAGAGAACGAUACCCAUUUCAAAUUGGAACCACAUCCGACAUUGGAUCUGUCACGCUACAGCGAAAUGGUACAGAAUGCCACCGAUGUUAUUGGUUCCAAGGGUUUAGAUUUACUGGGUAAUGUCUAUGCUCCGCGUGGUAAUGUUCAGGUACAUUUACCGUUUCUGGAGGUGACGGCAUUUAAUCCGCGAUCUAGAAUAACAUUGAAUUUUAGAAAGCCCGAUAAGAGGGACAUGUCUGUCGGCUUGACCACACCUCGCGUACGCGCCCAUCGUGCAGCUCAACAAACAAAAACACCUGAGACCAAAAAACCCUGGCGUCCCUGGAAGAAGAAAGUCGAUGAGAAGAGUGUCACCGAAAAACUUCUAAUACCUCUGCCAGUGCCGCAUCCUGUACAUAUAGCGAUUAGUAUUUACAAUCGUGAUGCUGAACAUCCCAUACCAUUGGAUUCGGAAUUGGUGUGGGAAAUUUUGAAAUCCAUCGAGGAUUGUCAGGGUGGUGAUGCAAUGGCUGUAGCUCAACAAUCUGUGGCUCAUUAUCGUGGAGCUGUAACAGAAUCUAGUAACGAUUCGCUGGCAUCCAGCAGUAGUAUAGGAAGUACAAGAGAAUCAGCUUCAGCCACCGGUUCCGGUUCGGGUAUUGGCAAUGGCACCGAAACAUUGCCAUGUGUCAAUCGAGAGGUCUGUACCCAAGUCAAAGUUGCCGAAGAACAACCGCCCAGCUCUGGUUUUCAUUGGACCCUAAGCAAUUGGGGUGCAGCACAAACUGCCCGUAGACGUACAAAUUCAAAUGUACGCGUAGAUUUAGCCAGUCCAGAGGAUAUCUCAUUAGAUACGGACAGUUCAAGGGCUGUCUUCAAUCCAUAUGGGACAACAGUUUAGAAUACUGUGUGUGUCUAUUGAUCCAGCAGCAUUAUUAUGAUUAUUAUUAUCGAAUAAAAUAAAACUAAGUAUCGUCGUCAUAUGAAAAAAAAAAAACAAAAAUCAUUUGAAACAGAAAACCAACCAAAAAAAAUAAUGUUAAUUAAUGGUAAAUUGCUUUUUUAUUACUUUUUAUUAGAUAAACAAAAACAAAAAAUCAACAAACACUUUUUAUGUGUUUGCCAAGUAUGAACAAACAACAAAAAAAAUCUCUCGUAAGAACAAAAAAAAAAUAUGUAAAGCGAAAAUGCAAGUGUUCUCUUUUCGAAAAGGAUUCACUUGCCCCAGUCAUUAACCGAACAAUUCUAAAAACAAAAAAAAAAAUAUGAAUCAAACUAACUUUAAAAACAAAUAAACUCUAACUCUCUCCCUCUCUCCUCUAUAUAUAUAUAUAGAUAUAUAGUUAUAUAAAUAUAAUAUAUAUAUUCAUAUAUAUAACAAAAAUAUACAUCUUUAUAUAGUAUAUAUAUAUUUCCAUUUACAUGCAUACAAAGAUAUACAUAUACUUAUACAGAAAAAAAUAACAAAAAACGAAGAAAAAAAUCAUAAUACCUUUAUACAUCAAACAAAUACAAUACAUAGUGUAUUUAAGAAAUAUCGUCAUAACACAACAACAACAAAAACACAUUACAUUUUACCGACUCAUAUGCGAAUUGUUGUAAUAUUUUAUGACAUAAUCGAUUACCAAUGCUCUCUUUCUUUGCAAUCGUUUGUAUUAUUUAAUGAUAUUCAAAACACUAUAUUUUUAAAAUCUUUUUUUCUAUUUUUUUUACACAUUUACAUCUAGUCGUUUAUAUAAAUUAUUAUAUAUAUUUUUUUAAAUAGAAAGAGGCAAUAAAAUGUCAUUUGUUUUAUAUAUAUAUUUUCACAUGUAAAAUGCAAUGCUCCGUUUUCGGAAGAAUAAGGAAGGGAAACUUGGAUUGUAUACCAUCUAAGGGCCACAAAUGGAUUUAAAAAUAAGGGAUUUCGUAACGGCGUAAGCUGUUUUCAGAUCGAAGAUUUAUAGACCUUAAUACAAAUUUACCAGCUUUAAUUGGAAGAUCAAUUAAAUGGGGAUUCAAGAUAUAUGACUUUUUAUAGUCCCUAUACUGCGCGAUCUCCUUUAUAAAAAUGUGUAUUUCUACGGGUCUUUAGUAGAUGGAAUGCCAGCUCCUAUAGAUCUUCAACAUAUAGGAGAAUCUCUAUUGGUCAAUGACUAAAUAUCUUUCUAUAAUUCCUUCUACAUAUGGUACACCCCCUGAAGUGUUAUAGAAAGGAUGGUUUCCUAAUAGUUUCUGCAAAAAUAUACUUAAACAACUUGCAUUGGACUUUAAGAUAAAACAGCUUAAAUAUCUGCCAUAGUUCUGUUUUAUUUUGAAAAUCUUCAGGCCUUCCAAAAAAAGAUGACCUUUUUCUCCUUGUCGUUGGCCUUUUCCUGGUAUUUUAUACAUUUACUGAACCUACCCAAACCUACUGUAGAUAGCAUACCUCCAAUUGUAGUUAUAUAGCUAAAAUUCCAAUAGACCUUUCGUAUAAAAUGUCUAGAUAAAAUAGAUGAAUGAAGACAACCGGACCUUCAACAAAAUGUGACGUUCUAUACUUAAGUGUUUGGGAUUCUUGAAGUCUUUAUUAACGUCAAGAGAAGAGCUUUUAAAAACUACGACAGGAGGUUGUUGUAAACAUUCAAAACUAAAUAUUCACAGCCUUACCAAAAAGGAACCCUUCUAAGCCUUCUGAGGGAACACGUUAUAAACACCUUGAGUAGAGUCUUUAUAGUCGAUCGAAUAUAAGUCUCUAGUCUUUAUGGGAGAAGCCCAAAUGGUAAAAAUAUUGUCCCAUAAGCGAACAUAAGCUUUUUAUCUUGCAAAAAUAUAGUCUUUAUAUGCUAUAGGAGAAGAGUUUAAGCAGACUUAAAGGUAGUAUUUUGGAAUAGUUUUUUUUUGUAGGCUUUUGGAAGUUAGUGUUUUCGGAUCCCAAGAGGUCUUUGUAGACGACCACAAGAAAAUAUUUACAGGUGAUCCAAUUUAACUCUUCAUAGACCGAUAUUUGAUGACCGUGACAGACCCAUGGGCAAGACAAAGGCCGUGUAUAUAAACGUGCAAAAGAGUAUUUAUAGACCAGACCAGAGAGGUCCAGAAGGGAGCCUUAAUCUAGUCUAUAAAGUAGUCUUUAUAGACAAGCAGAAGGGGGUUUUAUAGAAGAGCAGAAAGGAGUCUUUUUUAGACGACCAAAAGGAGGUCUUGUAUAGAAGUCGUUUAGAUGAUUUUAUUGGCGAGUUUAAGAGAAUUAUGUAAACUGUUCGGAGGAAGAGUUCGAGAGGUACGAUCCCGAGACGUGCCGCAGGAGAUUUUGAUAGGUGAGCAGAAGCGAGUCUUUAUAGGCGUGCCGAAAAUGUUCGUCAUACACGGACCAAAGGUAGUAUUUAUAGAAGAGCCGGAGGAAGUCUAUGGGCAAGCCGGAGGGAAACUUUAUAGAAGACAGUUUUUAUAGACAAGCCGAAGGCAGUCUUUAUAGGCUAGCCGAAAGCAGUCUUUAUAGACGAGUUGAGAGCAGUCUUUAUGGACGAGCUGUAGUCAGUCUUUAUAGGCGAGCUGAAGGCAGUCCUCAUAGGCUUUCAAACUUAAAUGGUGGGGGACAUAACAGACGGACUGAAGAGAGUCAUUAGAAAAGGGAAAGAAGAAGAGAGUCAUUAGAAAAGGGAAAGAAGAAGAGAGUCAUUAGAAAAGGGAAAGAAGAAGAGAGUCAUUAGAAAAGGGAAAUUUUUGAUUUCAGACUCGGGCCAUCUUAGCUCAAGAAAUAGAGUGAGUUAUUAGGCUAUGGGAUCUUUAAAAGGGCAAUUUUCAAUACCACGUUCUUAAGGCUAAUAGUUAUCUUAUAGGAAAAUUCUCUGUCCAUCUAGUUUGAUAUUUUUCUAUGGAAACAUUUUUAGUCCACCAAGACGGCUUGACCGCAAUUGGACAGGAUUAAUAUUAUUUCUUCCAAGAAAAACGCAAGACCCGCAUGAGGUAUAUUUUUUAUGAGAAAAUUUGGUACCCCAGGACUGUUAUUUUUUAUAGGCUAACAUUUUUCCAAUAAAAAAGCUCUUAGUGUCCUAGAAUUGAACCUUUUCCUAUGGGUUUUGUUAUUUGAAAAGGCUUUUUUCAGAACCUCAAGACUGAUAUUUCUUUUAAGACAAUUCUUGGCUGAAAUUUGUCCACUAAAAUAAAUACUGUAAAAUAAACUUUAUAUUUUUUGUAGAAAAAAUUCUUAAUUUCCAAAGUUUGAUCCUUUUUCUAUGGGAUCGAUAUUGUUUCCUUUUCUCAGAACUUCAAUGUUGCCGUUUUUUU